AUGCUACUGCGUAAUACGGCUCCAAGCUUGAACACGAGUGGUAGCAACAGCGCCGGCACAUGCAUUGGGGCAACGGGCACCACGUCGUCAACCACCAGCAGUAGCAUCUUCUCAACAGGUACCAGUAGUAGCCAGCAACAGCACCAACAACAGCAAAUACAGCAGAUCCAAAACGAAUCCGUAACUCCCUCCUCGACCACUUCCAACCACCAUCAAAACCAAUCGCAGCAGCUCCACAGCACCACUUCCACAGCGGCAGCUGUCAACUUCUACAAUCAAAAACUGAAAGCGGCAGCCUACCUAAACAGCAAAAUGGCAGCUGCCGCCCACCAUCAGCAUCAUGCGAAUCUGUUACAGAGCCAGCUGACCCCAAGUGACCUGCAGGAGGAUUCCUCCAAUAUCACCAGCGAUCUCAAUGACGACCAUUUACAACAGGUCCACCACCAGCAGCAACAGCAGUUCUACAGUAACUACCAGCAAUAUGCCGCGGCAGCCACAUCGUAUCGGAAUUGGAAUCACACACUAAGCCUGAACGGAGCGGCGGCAUUGCAAAAUCUGCUCUAA